AUUGGAGAUUACUCUCCUGAGAAGAUUUUAUCUCCGCUGGGCAUAGAUUUCUUAAACCCUAAAACACCUCUUGUCGCUUCCACAGACCACUGCCCGUUUGAUUCAAUCACAAGAUGACUCUGGAAAUCGAAGCUCGAGAUGUGAUCAAGAUUGUACUUCAAUUCUGCAAAGAGAAUUCGCUUCACCAGACUUUCCAGACACUGCAGACGGAGUGCCAAGUUUCGCUGAAUACAGUGGACAGCACAGAGACAUUUGUCGCUGAUAUCAAUGGCGGAAGGUGGGACGCCAUAUUGCCUCAGGUGGCUCAGCUAAAGCUUCCCAGGAACAAAUUAGAGGACCUGUACGAGCAGAUUGUGUUAGAGAUGAUAGAGCUUCGAGAGUUAGACACUGCAAGAGCCAUAUUAAGGCAAACUCAGGUCAUGGGAGUCAUGAAACAGGAACAACCUGAAAGAUAUUUGCGACUUGAGCAUCUCCUAGUCAGAACUUACUUUGAUCCCAAUGAGGCUUACCAAGAUUCAACAAAAGAGAAGCGCCGUGCGCAAAUUGCCCAAGCGAUUGCUGCCGAAGUUGGUGUGGUUCCACCCUCAAGAUUAAUGGCUCUAAUUGCGCAGGCACUAAAGUGGCAACAGCACCAAGGGUUACUUCCACCUGGGACACAGUUUGACCUAUUUCGAGGUACGGCUGCUAUGAAGCAAGAUGCAGAUGAUAUUUAUCCAACAACGCUUUCACACACUAUUAAGUUUGGAACAAAAAGUCAUGCAGAAUGUGCUCGGUUUUCGCCUGAUGGCCAGUUCCUUGUCUCAUGCUCUGUUGAUGGCUUUAUUGAGGUGUGGGACUAUAUGAGCGGAAAGCUCAAGAAGGAUCUUCAAUACCAGGCUGAUGUGAGUGCACUGUCCAUUGAAACCUUUAUGAUGCACGAUGACUCUGUCCUGUGUGUAGAUUUUAGCCGAGAUUCUGAGAUGCUUGCUUCUGGUUCACAAGAUGGGAAAGUUAAAGUUUGGCGUAUAAGGACUGGGCAGUGUUUACGCCGCCUUGAACGUGCACACUCUCAGGGUGUAACAAGUUUGACAUUUUCACGUGAUGGUACUCAGUUACUAAGUACCUCCUUUGAUAACACAGCCAGGAUCCAUGGCCUAAAAUCUGGGAAAAUGUUAAAAGAGUUCCGCGGUCAUUCUUCUAUUGUAAACCAUGCCAUCUUCACGAGUGAUGGGACACGUGUCAUUACUGCAUCAAGUGAUUGUACAGUCAAGGUUUGGGAUGUAAAGGGCGCAGAGUGUAUACACACAUUUAGGCCGCCGCCUCCAUUGAGGGGGGGUGAUGCAUCUGUGAACUCUGUCCAUCUCUUCCCCAAAAACACUGAUCACAUUGUUGUAUGUAACAAGACAUCAUCAAUAUGUAUAAUGACCCUACAAGGACAGGUUGUGAAGAGUCUCUCAUCUGGUAAAAGAGAAGGUGGAGAUUUUGUAGCGGCCUGUGUUUCACCUAAAGGGGAUUGGAUCUACUGUGUUGGUGAAGACAGGAAUAUCUAUUGCUUCAGCUACCAAUCCGGUAAAUUAGAGCAUCUAAUGAAGGUUCACGAGAAGGAAGUGAUUGGCGUGACUCACCACCCCCACAGGAAUCUUAUUGCUACUCACAGUGUUGACUGCACCAUGAAACUGUGGAAGCCCUGAUCGUGUUCACGUCUCUCUCGGACGAUGGAGUUUCAGUUUCACUGAUGGAAGUAAUUAGUUUAUCUCCGGCGGAUGGUGGCAAAGCAGAGAUUGAUCGCUCUUUCCCAUGGAACAGAGGAAGAAGGGUAUUUGCUCUUUCCCCUUCCUCCGCGGCGGCUCAUUUCUGCCUCGAAGUGCCAAUUGAAUUUUUCUGAAAGUGCUAAUUGCGCUGCUGGCUUCAGGGAGAGCAAGAAGCCGAUUCCCGUAGGGAGCUGUGAAUCCUAUGUUGCUCCCAUCUUGUGUCUUGUCUUAAUAUUUUGGCUCGAGUUGCCUUUCUGAUCUGUUGUUAUAAGCCUAGCUUGACAUGAAAAUGAUUGUUGGCAUUUUGGCCCUUGGAACUUAGAAGAGCCGUGAAGAUACCCGUCAAGGUGAAUAUGUAUUAUAAUUUUGAUGCAUUAUAAACCAUGUUCCGAUUGUGAAUUAAGUUUUGAAAAAAAUAUCAACAAAUCUCAA